CCGAGCAUGUGCUGUAAACAAGCUUGCUGCAUUCGCCCUGUGUGUCUGUGUGUUUCUGUUUCUUUUAAAGGACGUGCCUAUGCAAACUGGUUAAACCAGAGCGCCUGUGACAGUAGACUGCAGCUCCGUAUAUAAGGAGGUGGCAGACUCAGGUAGAGCACACAGUUCAGGUGCUGUGUGCCUGAAGGGCUGGAGAUCCCCAUUUCAGUGAUGUCAUCUAUGGAGAGGGAUGCAUAGAGAACACUCAUAGCAAUAUGCCUUGCCGCUGCUCCAGACACAAGGGAACCUGGGAUGAGCUGUCAGUAUCUCUCUCAUGAAGAAUCUCGGAGACUGGGGACAAGCCAGAGCAACAGUGCUGCUUCUCACACUAUGCCUUGUACAGCAGAUCCAUCACAGCGAAGGGAUCACUCUACUCGUCCCAGAGCCCGUCAUAAACGCCACAGUGACGCAGAAUGUGCUCCUGUCCAUCGACUUCACCUGUAAUGGAACUGCAUUGAUUCAGUGGCAGUUCAUGUCCAGCUGGAGGUCACAAUGCAUCAUAGAGUGGAAGAUGAACUCUUACGUCAACAUCUCCCGCGGUUACAGCGGGCGCGUUCACAACUACGACAAUGGCUCCAUACAGCUCCUGAACGUGGAGGUCAGAGAUUCUGGGUUCUACAUGAUCACCCUGACCGAUGACAUUGGCAACAUCAAGCAGAGCACAAUCAUCCUUAAUGUCCACGAGAUCCGCUAUGAGGAGUUUUAUUUUGUGGCUGUGUUCAUAGCGUUCCUGGCUGCUGGGUCGGCAGUUUUAGUCUGUCUGAUGUGGGUGUGCAAUAAAUGUAUCAACAUCUGCCAGAGGAGGAAACAGCAACGCAGAGCGGAAGAGAUCGAGCUGCGCAUCAUUUCGGACUAAUUGCCUUUCUACCUCAAACCGCCACAAAGACUUCAGUCCAGUCUAUAGCGAUGUUUACUUAUGAUGGGAGUAUUGGGAGAUGAAGACCUGGAAGCGUUCCUAUCGAACCUGUUCUGCAGUAUUUAUUAUUGAUGUUCAAACAAUCCUCCCAAACAAAUUCCAUGUAAUGGACGAUGAGUCUGUACU